UCAUGGUAUGAGGAACUUAAGUCUCUUUCUUCUCGAUGGCUUCUUCUUCCUCCUCAAUUUCCACAACUUCAUCUCCAAUCAAAACAACUUCAUCUCCAAUCAAAACUGAUCAAUCUUCUCUGUCUCCCUCGUCCAACACUGCUAUUUCUUUGUCUAACAUCAAAAACUUAAUUCCUUCUGUACUAGACUACACUAAUUACAUGUUAUGGCGGGAACUCUUUUUGCCUGUUUUCAAGGGUCAUGGUGUUUAUGGCUUCAUUGAUGGAAGUUUUCCUUGUCCACCCUCUACUAUUAUUACAGAAGAUGGUAACUCCAUUCUCAAUCCUGCUUUCCGGGUUCAACUUGAUUCCAUUGUCUUGUCCUGGAUUCAAGCAACUAUUUAUCAAGAAAUCCUACAAGUUAUUCUCCGUCCCAAUCAUUCUCUAACUUCUAGAGAAGCUUGGCUUGAAAUUGAGCGUCUAUUCCGUGACCAAGUUAGUUCUCGAACUCUUCAACUCAAGGUUCAAUUUCAUAACCUUAAGAAAGGUGAUCUUUCAAUCAAUGACUAUGUGCAUCGGCUUAAAACAAUUGCAGAUUCUCUGAACUCCAUUGGUAAUCCAAUUUUAGAAACAGAUCUUGUUCUUCAAAUUUUGUCUGUCCUUCCUUCUGAUUACAUGCCAGUUAGUACUUCCAUUUCUACUAGAAUCACAGUCCCAUCUUUUACAGAUACGCAUUCUCUGCUCUCUUUGCAUGAGGCUCAAUUGUCUAAUUUCUCUGCCACUAAUCUUGACUUAUCUGUUACUGCUUUUGUAGCGAAGCAACAUUCUACUCCUCAUGGUCGUGGUAGGAACAACAAUGGGGGUCGGAACUCAAAUGGUGGUCGUGGUAUGGGUCUUAACAAUCCUGGGUUUUAUAAGAAUUUUUCUACCCCUUCUCCAAAUCUCUCUCCUCGCCCUCGAUCUCCAUCCAUUCUCGGGCCUGCUUCUUAUUCUUCUUUUCCCUCUUCCCACAUGCAUGCUACUGUCCAAUGUCAACUUUGUUUUCAAUAUAAUCAUUCAGCUCGUAAAUGUCCAUCUCUUGGUCCUAACAAAUUUAUCUCUGAUCUUCAAUCACCUCCAACUCAUUCUUAUGCCAUGCCUAGCGAUGCACACUGGUAUGUUGAUACUGGGGCCUCCUCUCACAUGACCCCAAAUCCUGGUAAUGUAUCCUCGGUUCUCCCUUACAAUGGUACUGAUCGAGUUGUUGUAGGCAAUGGUACUCAACUUCCUAUUUCAUACACUGGUCAUGGAUCUCAAGACCAAGAAAAUUCUUCUACGGUGCAAUAGCCAAGGCCCUCUUUAUUCAUUAUCUUCCUUGUCUUAUGGUGCGGUUCAUCGAGCUCUUGUAGCAGUGCGACGUUCUCCAAAUCUUUGGCAUUAACGAUUAGGCCAUCCAAGCUUUGCCAUUCUUGCUAAAUUGGUUAGAGAAAAUAAAGUUUCUUGUAGUUCUUUCAAACAAUUAGAUUUCUUAUGUAAUGUUUGCCAACUUGGCAAGCACAAUAAAUUACCUUUUGUGGAAUCUCAAUCAUUCACGACUUCCCCAUUUGAGUUGAUACAUAGUGAUAUAUGGACAUCUUCUGAUCUUUUACAGGCUUCUGUUAUUAUAUUCUCUUUCUUGAUGAUUAUUCAAAAUUUCUAUGGGUGUUUCCUUUAAAACGUAAAUCAGAAGCUUUUUUAAAAUUUAAAUCAUUUUAUUCUUAUGUCUCAACUCAAUUUUUCACAAAAAUAAAAGCUUUGCAAUGUGAUGGCGGUGCUGAAUAUGUUAAACUUUCUUUGUUUCGUGUUUUUCUUGAUGAAACUAGAGUAUCAUUGCGUAUCUCAUGUCCAUAUACGCAUCAACAAAAUGGCAAGGCUGAACGGAUGCAUUGCACUAUUGCAAAUACGAUUUGUACCCUUCUAUUUCAAGCCUUUCUUCCUCCUAAAUUUUGGGUUGAAGCUCUUCAAACUGUUGUCCAUCUCUUGAAUAUACUUCCCUCUUCUAAACUUCAAUUUAAAACUCCAUUUGAAGUUCUCUUUGGCAAGCCUACUACCUAUGACCAUUUACGUGUAUUUGGAUGCUCAUGUUAUCCGAGUCUUAGUGAUUACUCUUGUAACAAGUUAAGUCCUUGUUCUAAACAUUGUAUUUUUCUUGGUUAUCCAUUAAAUUAUAAAGGAUUUCGGUGUCUUGAUCCAUUAACAAAUAAAGUAUAUAUUUCUCGACAUGUUCGAUUUGACGAGGAAUCCUUUCCGUAUCUUACUCUUUUACAACCAACUUCUUCUUGUUGUGUUCAAAUAUUUUAUUCAAAUCUCCAACAGAGUUUACCUUCCAACCUCUGUUACCUACUAUAUCUCAUUCGAUCUCUUCACCCCCUAAGACUCUCCCUUUAUCUCAUACGCAAAAUACUCCAACUUCUAAUCAAAUUCCUAGUUUAACUCCAACUAAUCUUCUUGACAACAUUUCUCCUACUUCUAAUCAGAUUCCUAAUGUAUCUCCUACUAAUUUGUUUAAGAAUAUUUCUCCACUUCUAA